AUAAUAUUCUCCAUUUUAUUACUAUUAGAGUUAAACGUAGAAACAAAUGUUAUUUUCUGAUUACUACAAUCUUUCUUUUUUUGGCAUAGUAAUUCACUGCGAGGGAUAGUGUCAACCUCUUUCAUGGCAUUAUUUAUGGUAUUAGACUCAUAUCCUCUUUCUUUAAAUCGUUUAGUUAAACUUAAUUUUACUUCAUUAUAUUUUGCUGUACGUGAGGUAAUUCUUUUUGCACGGAUAAACUGUCCUUUCGGAAUUGCCUUUUUAACUUUUGGACUAUGGAAGCUGCGUACAUGUAACAUAUUGUUCUUUUCCACACUCUUUCUAUAUAAAUCGGUGUUUAUUAUCCCAUUAGUUAGACUUAUUGUUACAUCUAAAAAAUUAAUUUCAGAGAGAGAAUAUUCGUAUGUAAACUUAAUUGUACUAUGACUCUCAUUUGCUUCAUCUAUCAUUUGUUUAAGCAAUUCUACAGGGCCUGUCCAUAAUAGCAAUAUGUCAUCGACAAAUCUAAAGUAGGCCGAAAUAUAUUGGCAAAAGGGCUCUUUUUUAAGGAAAAAUUUUUUCUCCAAAUAAUUAACAAAUAAAUUUGCAUAAGAGGGAGCUACCGUAGCUCCCAUUGACGUCCCUUGCGUUUGCCAGUAAAAAUUAUCUUCAAAUGAAAAAUAAUUUUUAGUGAGCACCAUAUUUAGACAAUCCAUGAUAAAGUAAAUUUUUGAAGUGGAUAAAUUGGUAUCCAGCAGCACUUCCUCUAUGCAAUCUAAUCCUUCAUUAUGGGGAAUGGAAGUAUAUAAACUCUGAAUAUCAAUUCCACAUAAAACAGUUUCCGGUUGAAGAGUCCCCAUAUCAUUAAGUUUACAGAGUAAAUCAGUAGUAUCUCUAAGACAUACGUCUCAUACACAGAGGAAAGAGACGAAGGAAGAGCAAAACAGCGCAACAACCCCAGGGACCCGAUCAAUCGGGAUCAUUACCCGAGGAGGGACAGACGUCUGCCAAGGUAAAUAACCUGGUUAUUAACCUUUCAUCACAUGAACUAUCGGCCAGUGAACUUUCCUUACUUAAUAAGGGGUUGAACUUUGUACCCACACAUACGCUACCUACUGAAAAUUGGGAGAUUGACUUUUUGAAAUUCACACGUAAACUUAAACUUAAGAUAAAUUUUGCAGAGAGCCCUAGUAUACUACCUGCUAAUAAAUAUAAAAAACCAAGCAAAAUGAUUCCAGAUGUAAAUAAUGAUGCUGUACAAUCCUUUGAACAUAUAGUGUUAACUGAGGCAAAGAAAAUAUGGGAUAGCAAAUUACCCAGGGCCACUAAUCUUAACUAUAACGAGUAUACUGCAUUAAAAUCUCUACAAUUUAACAAUGAUGUCAUCAUUCGGAAAGCGGAUAAGGGGGGCAGUAUUGUGGUAUUAGAUAAAAUAGAUUAUAAUACAGAGGUAAUAAGACAACUUGAGAUGCCAGGGCAUUAUGCUAGAAUAGAUCAUGAUCCCACCCUAGACAUUAAAAAACAAAUAGACAAUAUGGUUGAAGAAGCAUGGCUAAACUCAACUAUUGAUGCUAUAGAGAAAGAGUUUUUGACUACGGAUUUUCCAAGGGUUCCAGUGCUGUACUUAUUACCUAAAGUACAUAAGACGCUUAUUAAUCCUCCGGGGCGACCGAUCGUCUCAGGUAUAGGGUCAGCACUGGAACCUUUAUCAAUAUUUGUAGAUUCAUUUUUACAGGAAGAAAUGUUAAAAAUAGAUGUAUGUCUUAGAGAUACUACUGAUUUACUCUGUAAACUUAAUGAUAUGGGGACUCUUCAACCGGAAACUGUUUUAUGUGGAAUUGAUAUUCAGAGUUUAUAUACUUCCAUUCCCCAUAAUGAAGGAUUAGAUUGCAUAGAGGAAGUGCUGCUGGAUACCAAUUUAUCCACUUCAAAAAUUUACUUUAUCAUGGAUUGUCUAAAUAUGGUGCUCACUAAAAAUUAUUUUUCAUUUGAAGAUAAUUUUUACUGGCAAACGCAAGGGACGUCAAUGGGAGCUACGGUAGCUCCCUCUUAUGCAAAUUUAUUUGUUAAUUAUUUGGAGAAAAAAUUUUUCCUUAAAAAAGAGCCCUUUUGCCAAUAUAUUUCGGCCUACUUUAGAUUUGUCGAUGACAUAUUGCUAUUAUGGACAGGCCCUGUAGAAUUGCUUAAACAAAUGAUAGAUGAAGCAAAUGAGAGUCAUAGUACAAUUAAGUUUACAUACGAAUAUUCUCUCUCUGAAAUUAAUUUUUUAGAUGUAACAAUAAGUCUAACUAAUGGGAUAAUAAACACCGAUUUAUAUAGAAAGAGUGUGGAAAAGAACAAUAUGUUACAUGUACGCAGCUUCCAUAGUCCAAAAGUUAAAAAGGCAAUUCCGAAAGGACAGUUUAUCCGUGCAAAAAGAAUUACCUCACGUACAGCAAAAUAUAAUGAAGUAAAAUUAAGUUUAACUAAACGAUUUAAAGAAAGAGGAUAUGAGUCUAAUACCAUAAAUAAUGCCAUGAAAGAGGUUGACACUAUCCCUCGCAGUGAAUUACUAUGCCAAAAAAAGAAAGAUUGUAGUAAUCAGAAAAUAACAUUUGUUUCUACGUUUAACUCUAAUAGUAAUAAAAUGGAGAAUAUUAUUAAAAAAUACUGGCCUUUAAUACAGGCAGAUAGACAAUUUGGCCAUCUAUUUACUGAGCAGCCUCGUUUUUGUUACAAAAGAGGUCGUAGUCUCAAAGAUAUACUCUGCCCAUCGGACACACGCCAAAAGAAGUCACUUUUCCAAGGCAGGAAAAAGAAAGGUACCUAUCCCUGUCUGAGCUGCAAUUGUUGCUCGUCUAUAAUAAAAGGCUCUAAGAUUAAUCACCCUAGUAAGGGAUAUGAAAUUAACCUAAACGUGUACGCAACAUGUAAAUCUACUCACGUGGUUUACUUGUUGAAAUGCCCUUGCGGUUUAGGGUAUGUAGGCCAAACCUCAAGGGAAGUAAAAAUGAGAAUUCAAGAGCAUAAAAGGAACAUUAAAAAUUACAAGGAAAACACACAGACAGAUACUUCUAUCUCCAAACAUUUUUUUAUUUGUAAACACAAUUCGAUGCAACUGCGUUGGUGUGUCCUUGAUGAAGCAGCUAUAGAUAAACGGGGAGACAAUAGAAUUAACAGAUUGUUACAAAUUGAAGGGAGAUGGAUCAAAAAAUUAGGUACACUCCACCCAGACGGUUUAAAUGAUUUUUGGAGUUUAAAACCGUUUUUGUAAAUUUGCUUAAUGGAAUCUUUUACUUUGCAGACCUUGAAACUAGAAAAUUUAAAGGGAACAAAAUACUACAUUAACGGCAGAAGUAGGGUGUUGUUUUCGUGUGGAUUGUAUCAUAUUAUGUAUUUAUUGAAUGACAUAUGCACAAUGGACACUUUGAAACUGAAUUUUUGCACAGCUGAUACUAAUUGUAUCAUUCUUUGGCAACAUUGCACAGAACAGCACUUAUGAAUAAGAUUGGACAUUAACCCACAAGUAAAAGACAUGGAGAAAAGUAUCUUUUAUAAGUUUUUUAUGGAAAAUGUUUUUUAGAUUUUUACCUUUAAUUGUAUCUAAUUAUCCAAGAUUGGAUGUUGAAGAUCACAUGGGUGUGAGGGGUGUGUUUAUAAGGUUCACUGUGUACCUGUAUGUUUACACUUGAGAAAGGGCAACACCUGCCCGAAACAUGUCGUGUAAAGCAGCAUGAAUAAUAAAUAAUCACAAGCGGUUAAUCUGCGUAUGAGUGCUCUCCUCUUUUUCAACUUUUAGUCAAGCAGUUAUGAUGUUUAUCUCUCAGCAGAAAAACAUACAUACUUUUCAGCCCUCAUUAAUUUCCAAUUGCUUUUGGUUGCUUUUGAUUUGGAGGUAUGUUAGAGCUACUGCCCAUAUGACACAAGGGUGUUAGGAUGCUCAAAGCAGUUGAAUAAAGUCUGAAGAAUGUUUCAGCUUAUGGAAUGCUGUCUUGACAGUCAGAAAACUGUUGAUAACGGGGGAAAAAUAUUGAAAAAUAAAUAUUGAACUGUUGGGUAUAAGGAAACCUUAAUAUGUAUUCACUCAUUAAAUCUAUGGGAACUCCAGGUUCCAUACAUUCUAUUUGGUGCUAUAAGUUAUAUUUCAUAAGAGCUUAACAUUGACUUAAACUGACUUAAAUACUUAACCUUUAUCACAUUUCACAUUUCAAAAAGUAUGACAUACUUCUAUGCUGGCAAGAAAC